AUGAGCAACAUACAAAUAGAAAAACUCUUUAACUUGCAUAGAUUACCUGAAGGAAUUGCAUUAAUUCCCAUCAUCCUCUACUUUCCUCUUGGAUUUGUUCUUGCUGUUGUGCGAUUCUUUAUUGGAUUACAAACACUUCUUAUAUCAUGUAUUUUGCCAAGGUUUUCACCUCUCCGAAGCUUUGUACUUCGAGUGAUGUGUGCUGUGCUGGGAUUUAUUGUCAUUGUGGAUGAACAUAAACGAAGAGAUGAGAAAGCCAAAGUUAUUGUCACUAACCAUGUAUCAGCUUUUGAUCACUUUACCACAGCCCUAAUAUAUCCUAGUGUUUUGCCCAGCAUCUGUGAGCUAUAUCCUUUCUUGGAGUGGAUCCUUGGAUGGAGGGAUUUUGGUUUCAAACAAAACAAGGAAUCUUUUUUGAAUAAUAUUAAAGGAUUUUGUAGCAAUUCCAAUAUUCCCUUAUUGGUUCAACCUGAAGGUACUACUACUAGUGGCCGCUAUGGUUUGCUCAAGUUCUGCACUUGGCCAUUUUCUCUUGAUUUUCCAUUGCAACCUAUGACGUUGCAUGUAUCCAGACCUCAAAUUUUUCAAAUUGCUGUGACAACUUUGAAUAGCCGAUGGUGGGAGGAUCUGUUCUGGUGUUUGUUUGUUCCAGUCACUUGGUUCACUAUAAGAUGUUUACCAGUCAUGGAAAAACCCAAAUCUGUUUCCGCUGAAGAAUUUUCUGAGGAUGUGCGGCAAAAAGUUGCAGCUGACUUACAAUUGAUCACCACUGAUUUCACUACAGCUGACAAAGCUGAACUACAAAAAAAGCAUUUUCAUAACAGAUUUAACUGUUUGAGCCGUCCCCAAGCAUCUGCUGCUGAGCAAGAAGACAGCUUGCUUAAAGUUGAUCCUGAAAUGCAAAAAAUGAUCAGUCAAGUGAAGGAUGUUCUCCCCAAUGCCACUGUGAAAGAUAUUGCACAAGACCUUGCUCAAACCAAAGAUGUUGACAGAACAAUUACAAAUAUUUUGGAAAAAGAUGUAAAGAAUGAAGCAGCCACCAGCCAGUCUGCUGACACUACAUCCAGCAACCAUACUUCACCAAAUGCAUCAUCAUCUUGUGUGACACCUGACAAUGUGUACAAAGCAAAGUCAUUUUCCAAGAGUGGUGAAGAACGGCAAAAGUCAUUGGAAGAACGUAAGCGACAGAUGCUGGCAACUGCUCGGCAAAGAUAUAUUUCCAAACAUAGCUUCAACUAA